AUGAACAGCCAAAAAGUCGGUAUUCUUGGUGGUGGCCAAUUGGGCCGUAUGAUGGUCGAAGCAGCAUCACGAUUAAACCUUCAGGUGACUAUUCUUGACGCACCUGUCGACGCACCUGCCAAACAGAUCGAAUCCACACAAGCACACAUUCACGGCGCAUUCAACGACGCCGAAAAGAUCAGAGAGUUGGCUUCCAAAGUAGAUGUUCUUACUGUUGAAAUCGAACAUGUGGAUGCUGAUGUAUUAGCUGAGAUCGAAAGAGAAGGUAAAGUGCGAGUAUGUCCAUCUGCUUUUACAGUCAAGACGAUCCAAGACAAGUACAACCAAAAGAAGCAUCUUCAGUCCCACGGUAUUCCAGUUGCUGACUAUGUCGAAACGGCCGAUGCUCAAGCUGUCAAGGCAGCAGGUGACAAGUUUGGUUACCCCCUGAUGCUGAAAUCAAAGACAAUGGCUUAUGAUGGAAAGGGUAAUUAUGCCGUCAAGAGCGAGUCAGAUAUUGAAGCUGCUGUCAAGGCUUUAUCAAAGACCCCUCUCUAUGCCGAAAAAUGGGCUCCCUUUGUCAAGGAAUUGGCCGUCAUGGUCGUCCGUCGUGCCAAUGGUGAGGUUCGCUCUUACCCUGUUGUCGAGACGAUUCAUAAGAACAGCAUAUGUCACCUUGUGAUCGCCCCUGCCCAGAUAAGCGGAGAUGUUGCCAAGAAGGCACAAUUGAUUGCCGAAAAUGCCAUCAAGACCUUCCCCGGCGCUGGUAUCUUUGGUGUCGAAAUGUUCUUGUUGGAAAAUGGUGAGAUUCUUUUGAACGAAAUUGCCCCUCGUCCUCACAACUCGGGCCACUAUACCAUCGAGGCCUGUGAGACCUCACAAUUUGAAAACCAUAUGCGUGCCAUCCUUGACAUGCCCUUGGGCUCUACUACCAUGAAGGUUCCUGCUUCCAUCAUGGUCAAUAUUUUGGGAUCUAGCUCUGAUAUGGAAGAAUGCUACAAGCCAUGUCAUGCUGCCUUGUUGGCUGAUGGUGCUACUAUUCACUUGUAUGGUAAAAAGGAAUGCAGAGCUGGUCGUAAGAUGGGACAUAUCACUCUCGUAGGCGAGUCAAUGAUGCAAGUACAAGCCAACCUGAAGCCUAUUCUCCAAGCAAUUGAACCUGAUGUUGAGCGCCCAUUAAGUUUGAGGCCUCUGGUAGGCAUCAUCAUGGGCUCAGACUCUGAUUUGCCUGUGAUGAAGGUAGGUGCUCAAAUCCUCAAGGACUUUGGUAUUCCAUUUGAACUUUCUAUUGUCUCUGCUCAUCGUACACCAUUACGUAUGGUUGAAUAUGCCAAAUCUGCUGCAGAACGUGGAUUGAUGGCGAUCAUUGCCGGUGCUGGUGGUGCUGCACAUUUACCUGGUAUGGUUGCCGCCAUGACAUCGUUACCUGUUAUUGGUGUACCUGUGAAGGGAAGUUCUCUUGAUGGUGUUGAUUCUCUCUAUAGUAUUGUACAAAUGCCUCGUGGUAUUCCUGUUGCUACAGUAGCCAUUAAUAACAGUACGAAUGCAGCAUUACUUGCUAUUCGUAUCUUGGGUGCAUCUAUUCCUUCGAUACAAAAGAAGAUGGAUGAAUAUUUAAACAAGAUGGAAAAUGAAGUGAUGCAAAAAGUAGAUAGAUUAGAUAAAGUCGGUUGGGAUGCCUAUUAG